UCGCAGACACGUACGAGGAAGCCCUGCAAGCGCUGGUCAAGAUGGGGGGAGAGUACAGGAAGAAGCUGCGAGCGGUGCUUCCCCCGGAGCAGCAGCAGCUGGUCUUCCACAGCCUCGUGGUGAGUGAGAGUGAAGCUCAGGGACUCGGCCCCAUACAGGAGAUAGACGAGAGUACAGCAGAUGAAGCCAGCCACAGCCUCUCGCAGGCGCAGUUUGACGAGGAUGAGGAGGAUGAGGAUGAGGAGGAGGAGAGCACGCAGAGUGAUGCUGAGCUGGAUGAGCGAAGCAGCCUCAGUCUCCCCGGCGACGUCAGCUCACAGGGCGUCAUUUCGGUUCUCGCAGCUGAGGGACGCAAAGCAGCAAGCAGGAGGGUCGAGUUCAAGGUUUUCCGGCGGUCGGACAUACGCGGCGUGACGUUUCAGGGUGUUUCAGACAGUCGAAGGAGCCCAGCAACGUCAAGGGUCAAGAUUCUCCGAGAGACCUUUCCCCAUUCAAAGAUGUGA